UUGAAUUCAUCGUUCCUCUCUCAAGACGAAACAGCUGAGCCAGCGCAAAAACAAAAUUUUACGUAAAAAAAAUUUGACUGCGAAUUAAACAAUAAAAUGUUGCGCAAAUCGUUGCCCAGCUGGACGCACCCAAAGAUCUUGUGUCGGCAAAUGUCUGUUGUGGCAAGAUCCCUAAAGUACACACAACACGGCGAACCACAGGAUGUGUUACAGCUGGUGGAGGAUCAACUGGCCGAGCCAAAAAAUCAGCAAGUGUUGGUAAAGAUUCUGGCAGCUCCCAUCAACCCAGCGGACAUCAAUACUAUACAAGGCAAAUAUCCGGUGAAGCCAAAGUUCCCUGCUGUGGCUGGCAAUGAGUUUGUGGGCGAGGUUAUUUGUGUGGGCGACAAGGUCAAGGAACUGCAACCAGGAGCACAUGUAGUGCCACUGGCUACCGGUUUGGGCACCUGGACAACACAUGCCGUCUACAACGAGGAUCAACUGAUGGCCAUAUCCAAUAAGGUUGGAUUGGCGGAGGCAGCAACUAUUACGGUGAAUCCUUGCACCGCCUAUCGCAUGCUCAAGGACUUUGUGCAGUUGUCACCCGGUGACACAGUCAUCCAGAAUGGAGCUAACAGCGCCGUUGGCCAAGCUGUGCAUCAAUUGUGCAAGGCGUGGGGCAUUAAUAGCGUGGGCAUUGUGCGCAAUCGCCCCGAGAUAGCGGAGCUGAAAAAGAUGCUCGAGUGCCUGGGCGCCAAUGCUGUGUUAACCGAAGAGGAGAUGCGAACCAGCGACAUCUUUAAGAGCGGCAAACUACAGCGUCCUAAGCUGGCGUUCAAUUGUGUUGGCGGCAAGAGUGCGACUGAGGUGUCACGUCAUCUUAACGAUCGUGGCGUCAUGGUCACCUAUGGCGGCAUGUCGCGUGAACCUGUCACCGUCGCCACAGGGCCGCUGAUCUUUAAGGAUAUUGCAUUCCGUGGUUUCUGGAUGACGCGUUGGUCUAAAGAGAACUACAGUGCUCCCGAACGUACUCAGAUGUUCAAGGAGCUGUGCCAGCUGAUGGAGCAGGGCAAGUUCGUGGCGCCCACACACGAAAUGGUGCCGCUGGAGAAAUUCAAGGAAGCGGCAGCAGCAGCGCUCAGUUUCAAAGGAUUCACCGGAAAGAAAUUCAUACUCGAAAUGAGCUGUUAAAUGUGAUAAAUGUUUUUUUGUUAAUUU